UGCUGGCUGCAAGGGCCAGCAUUCACCGCCCCGCCCCUCAUGCAUUGGACUGCAAGGCCCAUCAUCCCCUGACCGCCCCCCUGUGCUGGACUGCAGCAAUCAUAGUCUGCAACUGGUGUAAAAAAAGUGGUGUUGGAAGUAGUAGAAAUAGAAAUCGGUUGUUCUUUGCGUGCUCCGUCAGUUUAGCAAUGGCACUGCAGCUCAUCUGAGCAGAAGUGAGAGGCAGCAGUUUGGAGGUGGCGGACAUCUCGCGAGGGAUCGCUUUCCUGCAGUGUGAAUGUUGCCUGAGUGUGCAGAUUCCGUGAAAAAGCCAGAUUCUGAGCUGGGGCUACCAGGAACCAGACUCAGAGUAUAACAGGAUAAAACCACCUUAUGAUGCUCUUAUAAAAACCAGUGGUGCAUCUUCACUGGAAGUAACACAUCCAGUCUCAACAAUUAACUGGUACAGCUGGAAUAGGGAUACAAAGAGGCAGCCAAAUUGGCUGGAACGUUGUGCUGAUGAAGUGAAGAAAGGUGAAAGCAUCACACACCAUCUAGGCUAGAGCGAAGGUAUUCAGGAUGGCCAAAACCAAAGGGGAUUGUGAGGAGCUCCAAAGGCAGCAGAAGAGUGGGCAUCAAAAUGGUAAAUGCAGUGUGAUGAAAGCAAGAAAGAACAACUGGCAUUCUUUAGCUUUAAAAGGAGGUAAGGGAAGACAUGGUAGAGGUGUUCAAAAUGAUAUAUUGUGUGAAGAAGAGGCACCAGUGUUCUCCCUCUCCCAUAAUACUAGGACUCAGGGACUUCCCAUAAAGCUAAACGAUGGAAGAGUUAGGACAGAUAAAAGGAAGGCCUUCUUUACACAGCAUAAACUACAGAAUCCACUGCUACAAGAAGUAGUUAGCUCCACCGGUUUGCACAGACAAAUGCACCAACGGCUGCUGUUUUUGAUGGCUCUAUGCUACCUCUGUUAUUGGAAGCAGUCAUACUGUUGCUGGGAAGCUUGGACAGGAGGGGACUGUUGUACUCAUAUCCUGGUUGAGAGGAUUUGGCGCCAUGGAGAAACUAGGUUGACGGAUGCAUCCUUCCUGCCUCUGGAAAAGUCCAGUCCUCCUCCUCCCAUGCUUAAGAUUAAAGAGGAAGGGCGGAAGGUGGUUGCUGCCCUUAAGAAGCAGUCUUAAGCAUCAGAGCCCAGUGUGAUCUUGGAGAUGAGAUGGCCUCACCCCUUCUCAGUUGGAGGGUGAGGAGAGCCCUGGCAACUGCAGAUCGAUGACCACUACUCCUGCCAGCCCCAGUCUGUGCUCCCCCUCCCUCUUGCAGCACGUGAAGGAAGUGAAAGUUACACUCUCGACUGCUUGCCCAGCAAUCUGCUUAGAAAGAUAGCGAAGGCCCUUCCCAGUUCUGCAUGCACAGACACAACCCAUUUCUUCUCCUCUGGUAACAACCUUCUCUCUCUCUUUGUCCAACGGCUCUAGUAUUCUCCCGCCAACAAACGCUCAGCUUGCUGCUGCUGUUUGUCCAUCUCUGCCCUGGGCAUGAUGGUGACUUACCACAUUCGGGAGUACCGUCCUGAGGACUAUGAGACGGUGCGUGACUUGUUUGCCACAGGGAUGAGUGAGUACGUGCCCGCCUUGUGUGUCCACGUGCUGAAGCAGCCUUGGCUGGUCCUGGUCCUGGCCUGCACCUUCUGCCUGCUGCUUACCAGCUCCAGGUCACUCCUCCUGCCCAUCCUGGCAGUCACUCUGCUGCUGGCCAUGGGCCGCCAACUGCUGGGCUACAUCUGGUCCAGGUAUAUCGACCACUGCCUGCAGGAGGAUCUGCUUGACAUCCAGGGCACCUACCUGGCUGGCAAAGGCUCCUGCUUCUGGGUGGCCGAAGCGGAUGAAUGUGUGGUGGCCAUCGUGGGUGCCAGGCCUGCCGAGGAACGCCGGGGAGAGCUCAUGCUGAAGCGCAUGUCUGUCCGGAAGGAUUAUCGCGGCCUCGGCAUCGCCAAAGCCCUCUGCAGGACUGUGAUCGCCUUUGCCCGGGAGUGCGGCUACCAGUCGGUGGUGCUGAACACUCUCAUGGUGCAACACGAGGCCCGUGCGAUGUACGAGGACGUUGGCUUUCGCGUGUAUCAUCGCUACGUCCUGCCCACCAUCUAUGGCAGGUUGGCCAGGUGCACGGUUUCCAAGUAUCGCUAUGAUAUCCCUUCAGUGGACUGAAGAGGGAAACGGUGGCGGCUGUCCGUGGUGGCCUGUGGGAUUCGGCAUCUCAUCACAUUGGUCCAUUGGGCAAGCGAUUCCUUUGGGGAAUGAAGAGAAGGGGAAGUGGCAGCGCUGAUGCUGACCGAAGGGUCGUCUCCACUUCUGUACUCUGAGCAUUAUUUUUUCCGGUUGUCAGAGGGCCUUUGCAGGCCCCCAAAGUAUUUUAGACACGAAGGAAACCAAGGUGUCUCUUCUUUCUCCUCGCAUGGGUUUGCAGGGUCGUGGAAACCCUGAUUUGGAUGCAGCUUGCACAGUUCUGUUUACAUUGGUGCCAUGAGGAGGCUGCUUCCCCAGUCACGGACAUUCUCCCUUGACCUGCCGGCCCUUCUGGACUCUCACAAGCCGCUCUUGCCUUGCUUCCUGAAAGAGCAGCUCCUGAUAAACGUGGCAAGCUCCUGGGCUGGGAGCCAGCGGGCCAGCAGGACUUUCCACUGCGGUUGCCAAGGGUCCUUUUUCUGCCUGGUGAGACAGGCUGAGUACACCCAGAGGCCUUUUCAUCACAUCGCCUUGGUGCAGACAGUCCCUCUUGUCUUCUGGGGGCAUGCAGCCCAUUUUGGGGUGCAUUAGAUCGAAUGCACAGGCCUUUUAGUAGGGAAGUGUUUAGUAGGGAGAUGACACCUGUCGGUCGCUGCUGGGUGGAAACACCCUCCCCGGGGCUCCUUCCCCUCGUGAGUCCGCCUUGUCACCGCCGCUAGCCGCUCCUGCUUCUCGUUCUGCCUCCCCACAUUGCUCCCCUUGCGUGCUUGGCAGGCAGAGGCGCUGGCGUGUGCUUUUCCCCCAUCUCACUGCCACCACUGCCUGGGCCAGAGCAGGCAGCAGGGAAACAAGCAGGUUGUCAAGGAGCAGGUCUGCGGAGCCCUUGGAGCAGGCCUUGGCAGGUGUCCAGCCCUGCCUACGCUUGAUGCUGGCCCUAAGGUGGGAAAAUCAACGGGAUACCUGGGCUCAGAUUUCCCGGUUAUUCUUUGGACAAUUUCUGUAUAUUUGGGGAGAAGGAGGUGCUGCCACGUGCUCCUAGUGGAUUGUGCUCUUUUUUCAUUUCUCUGCGAUGGUUCGCUUGGGGCACAGUGCUCCGUCAGGGUGUGAACUGGUACUCAGAAAUGGAGAAAUAAAGAAGCUACUAAUCUG